GCGCUUUGCUCUUUGGCGCAGCCCAGAGGCCGAGCUCCGCGCGCCGCCGCGCACUGACGCUGCCGACGUGGCGGACACUGACCGGGGUGGAAAAGUAGAAAACUUCUCCGCUGUCUGUGCUGCUCUGGUGCUGCUGAACACGAUCACCAUGUCCCAGACUCCUUCCCUUGAAGAAGACCCCUCCUCAGACACAGAGGCCCCUGAUCAGGAGCCCAUGUCCACUCAGGAGGUCCCAGAUGUGUCCACUGAAGCUGCUUCAACACUGGAGAACUUUGAGCAUCCACAGUCCACAGAGGAAACUACAAGUGACAAUAGUGCAAAGGCUGACACAGCAACUGUAUCGGAGCAGUCAGAGCGUGUAGCUGGAGAACAGGAGGUCAUUUGUGAUCAGCCUGUGAGUCUGGGGCCGGACACAGAGGAGGAAGUGGAGGAGCAGAGGUCAGCUCAGGAGACAGAUAAAAGUUGGGUAGGCUGGAGUUCAUGGGGAAAAUCAAUUCUGUCGAGUGCAACCUCCACU